AUGGGAGUUGGCAGUUGCAAGAGCCGAGUUGGAAGGCAUCGAAAGAGACUGCAGAAACUACAAAACCCGGGCGGAUUCCAAGUUCAGGUGCAGGGCCCGUUGCCUACGGCUAUGCCCGACCAAGAGGAUAUUUUGCAGCGUGACGUGGUCUUUGCGAACCUGCAACCGCCUGCCCUUGUCGAAGACGGAAUGUACGAGGCACCAUCUGCAGAGGUCUCUAUGCCGGAUUUGUUGGCCCGAGGCGUGCCAGAAGGUGGAUUCGACCGAGAAGUUGUUGGUGAUACGACAAGCGCGCCGUUCCGGUUCGAGGACGAUGUCAAGAUCAUCGACAAGCUGCAGUGGCGCGAGACUGCAGGUAGAGAAAUUCCCACUUGUUAUUCGUACGCGAGCAAGAUCGGCCGUUGA